AUGGCCCGGAUUCUCCGGGCCCUGGUGGCAGCUACCUUCUGUGCUGCUUGCCUGGGGGAUUAUGUCGAGGCAGACUGCAAGGAAGCAGACAGCCCAGGCCUGGCGUUCAUCCAGGCGAAGGCGCUAGCGCGGGACAGCGCCGCCGCGAAGAAGGAGGUGGAGUACCGUUGGUCUUCGGGUCGCGGCAACUUCCCCGACUAUGGUGUGGCCAAAGACACGGCACCUUUCGACCUCCCCGCUCGGUUCGCUUGGAGCUGGUCUCAUCCGCUUGGAAGGUUCCACACCCUGACGUACGGCACCGUCAUCGACCACCUGAGCAAUGUCUACCUUAGUGGAGCAGAUGGAAUCCGAAAGUUUGAUCCGAGUGGCAAACUGUUAUGGGAGUACGCGUCGCUGCCUGCCGAGAUGAUGGAUGCCCCUUCCCUGUUCAACGGAACGAUCUACGGAAGUGACACGCACGGGAACGUGGUCGCCCUGAACAUGGAAGAUGGCAAGGUGGAGUGGAAGACCCAUGUUUCCGAUGCCAUCUGCCAGGACAACGGUUUCACCAUGGCCAAGGACGGUGUGGUCCUUGCAGCCAGCGAUUGCCGCGAGCCCUCCCCCAACGGAGAGUCCAACCAUUUGGUCAAGGCCCUGAACGCCAGCACCGGCAAACAGCUCUGGACCUAUGCGCCUGACACUGCCAUUUGGAACUUCCUGCCUCUUUUUGUAGACGAGGGCGACUUCGUGUUUCAAGACAUGACUGGCAAGGCCUACCGACUGCAUCUGCACACCGGCCAUGUGAUUUGGAAGAGCGGCGGCAAGGAAGGCACUUGGACAGAUGGCAGCGCGGCGGUGGGCAAUGGCAUGGUUUUCGCAGUGAACAACAAUCACAUGCCCCCAAAUGCGUUUUACAGCGAAUACAAUCCUGGCACGCUGAGUGCAUACAACCUCAGUACCGGCAAGCUGGUCUGGAAAGUGGUGACUCAGCGACCACCCAACAAUGCUCCUGCCGUGGGCAAGGUGAAGAAUCUGCCCGGCAUGUCCGUGGUCAUGCCCCUGUGCCAGCAGGUGCAGCAAGGAGCCUUCUGCGAUGUCCAUGUUUACAACGCAGACACUGGAGACUUGCGGUGGGUCUUCCAUGGGCCGGCACAGGCGGGCCCCUAUCAAGCAGGAGACCUUGAAGGUAUGGACAUCCGCAGGAGCUCCGGCGUCCGCCCGACGUGCCUACCCAACGGCUGGAGCGCGCCCACCAUCGAUGCCGAGGGGACAGUCUUCGUCGGCCACGAAGAUGGAAACUUCUACGCCCUGCGCGACAUGGACGGCGACGGCACGAUCUUUGGAGAUGAUGAGUCGCAGAUUUAUGACACCAAAGCAGCAUUCGCUGGAUCCUCUUCACCGGCAGUUGCUCCAGGCAUACUGGCAAUUGCUUCCUGCGACUCUCUCUUCGUGUUCAAGAAAUGA